AGUCAUUAUAAUAUAAUAGAAAUACUAUACAUCCAUCAGAUCAAAGAGUCAAAGAAGCACACAUGUUUAUUCAGAUAGCGGUAAAAGCAGAGUAAUGGGCUUGAGGGGAAAGAAAGCCAAGGGUUCAGUCAAUGGUAUGAUGAUGACAUAUUACGCUAGUCUACAGUGGCAAUAUUGUCUCGCACUACGAUCGUUGCAACGGUCAAGUCAUAGAAUGGCGUGGGUGCACACAAUAAAGUGCGGCGUCUCUGAUUUUACUGAGAUGUGCAUGUGCGCUACAUGCUAUCACAGGGAGAGAGGAGAGAGCAACAGAAAGGUCAAGCCAAUCAUGAUGCUAUGCAGGACAGGGACAGGUAGAGAGAGACAGGGACAAACUAUAUUGGGCAAGGGAAAAAGUAAAAAAAAAUUCAGUGCACGCUGUACCGUACACAGACGGCGCAAACAUACAAACAUGCAUCUAAUUUAUCAAGUACGCCUUUCACAUCGAGGGAAUAAAAUGAUAGAGCGCAACCGAUUCACUGGCCGGAUAGUGUCACACUAAAUGGUUAGGUUGCAUGAAUGAGAAGAUAAAUAAAAUAAACUAUGAUUGUGUAUGUUUACAUCCUGUUAAGCAUAUUAACGGUCGCAGGCCUAACGCCUCCUGCCCGCGGAUCAUUUCUCUAGACAGACAAGCAAGGGCGAAGGACUAAUAUAUCUUUUAUACCUGUAUCUUAUUCUAAUUACUCAA